AUGGCCUCUCAUACUCUGCCCCUUUUCUUUAUUGUCUUGGUUCUCGCAUGCCUCCGAACCGCACAAGCGAGUUUUCAAGACGAAGUCCGCGCAGCCGAAAGCAUCCUUAACGAUCUUCCAAAAGCUCUCGCGAUCCCUUUUUGCUCUGGUUACAAGCCCUCGACUUCUUCCUAUGUCACAGAAAGUUGCAUUACAGUGACCAGCACAACAAUAUUGACAUUUCACACCACAUCCACCAUAUAUGUGGCUGCGACGGCACCAGCAAAACGCUCUCAGCCGAAAUUACCCCGAGAUACCACCGACACCUUUCCUCAGCGCGCAACUUGGUGCUCCGACUAUAAUGUCCCCUGUCGUCUGGUACAGUACGACCACGAUGUAAUUGCUGAGGCUUGCCAGAAGUAUCUUAAUGGCGAUCAAGAUGAGGAUGUGUCUCCUGAGAUUGCGCAGGCGAUGUGGGACUACAAGUAUGGCCUUGAUUAG